UUUUUUUUUUUUUUGAGGGGGAAGAAUGGAGGCUAAUUCCAAAGUGGUCAUGAUCCUUCUACGCCUUUGGAUUGUUUGUUAUGGUAACAAAAACCUUCUCAAAAGCAUUAGGAAAAUAUGCGCAAUGUUUCAAUGUGUUUGUUGUCGCUUAUGUUUUAUCACAAGUUCAAUGACAACAUACACUAAAUAAGUUAGAUGGUUGGACACGAUCAAUUACUGUAACUCUAACGGACUUUCGAUCAAAUGCUUGAUUCAUCUAGCUUAAUUACAUGAUAAUUAUUGCAUUAUUUUUCGUAUGCAAUGAAAAGCCUAUAAUAUUCAAAUAAGAUCAUUAUAGCCUCAUGCUAAUCAAAUUAACAUUUCCGUGAAAAAGUACAAUGUACUCGUAAAACAUCAUAUAAACGAGAAGACUUAAUUUUCAUGUCCUUCUAACAAAAUUCUUAAUUUUGGACACUUCUCGUUUUUAAUUUCAAAAGUAUCACUAUAUAGAUCAAAUAUAAAAACAAAUUAAAACUGAUUGUAUCCAAAAGGCGUGAAAGUACGGAAAUAACCCUAAAAGAAUCCGAACCUGAUACAAAUUCAAGAAAACGGAAAUUUGCCGCUUGCGCCAUAAGCCCUGACAUAAACAUAAUCCCCACGAGUGUAACUCUGACAUGAGAGAGAGAGAGAGAGAGGAUCCAGAGAGAGAAUACAAAAAAAACCAUGAAUGACAACAGAGAGCUUUCGAAUUUGGGAACCCUAAACAAGACCAAUGAAGGCAAUAGGAGCGGAAGUCCUGGCCCUCGCGUGUUGCGGGACUUUGAUCUGAACCUGGCUGUUCUUUCGGACAGCGAAGAGACCGAGUCCGAUGACUCCAACGGUAUUUGUAAAGAAUCGAGAAAGAGCCGUCGGUUUGAUCCUAUUUACAACUCCGAGUGGGAGUUUUCGGAGCAAUUCGAGGAUGAAAAUGUAGGAUCGCAUUGUGAUGAGGAUGAUGAUGAUCCCAAUGGUAACAGGGAAAAUGAAGAAGGAGAUGAGUUUGAAGACGAAGAUGAAGGCAGCCAUGCAAGGAUGUCGCAUGAGACUUCCAAUAGUAGAAAGAGGAAACAUGAUGUUAUCAUAACUGAGGCUUACCCAGUGUCCGCAUAUUAUCCCCGUGGUGAUGUUCUUGAUGGCCAUGGAGGCAUUAGCUUUCAGAGCCCUCUCCAUGGGAAGCUUGGUUUCAGCAAAAAAAUGCACCCGGUGGAGAAGUGCAUGUCCAUUAAGGCUCCACUUCAAAAAGCAGAUUGGGAGAAGGAGAGGGAAGAUCUGGUACCAACUCAUUUCCUGGGAUCAUCCACUGCAAGUCCUAUAGCUUCUGAAUUUGAAACGAGAAGGGAGUUUGAGAAAGAAACUUCUCCUUUGGUUAAUGAUAAUAGAGUUGUGGAAGCUCAAAAGAAAGAUGAUGCAAGGCUUUUAGAACCGAACCAGCCGUUAAAGAGGAAAAAACCAAGACAUCCAGGCAAGGGCCGUAGAAAAAUCGAAAUCAAAAGAUUAGAGGAUAAAUCCAAGCGAUUGGUCACUUUCGUCAAGCGCCGUGACGGGCUCUUCAGCAAGAUGCAAGCGCUCUGUUCAAUAUGUGGCGUCCAGGGCGCCGUUCUCACCUUGAGUGAGGCCCAAAACGCAUAUGUCUUUGGCAACCCCGCAGUCAACACCGUCAUUGAUCGUUACUUAACUGAAACCUCAGUCGCGGAAACUACAGCUAAUGAGCGUUACAACAACGAACCGGUGAAAGAGAUUAAAGACAAGUACGCAGAGGCUCUGGUUAGGUUAGAAAAAGAGAGGAAAUGCGGCCAGAUCUUGGACAAGGUGUUGGCAGUUGCCGAAGGGAAUGCGCCUACUGAAGCUUUGGGAUCAAAUGAAGUUGAACUGAUUCGGGCAAUGAUGGAGGAGAUGGUGAAUAAACCAUCUGGCCCAGGGUCGGAGGCUUCAACUAGUAAAAGGCCCUCCUCUUUUGUAAACUUGAAGUAAAAUUGUAAACUACCUUUUUUUCUUUGUUUCAUAAUCCUCUUCUUUGUAACGUUGAAUUUUAUGCCCUCUUUCCAGUUAGGCGAUCUAAAAGCCUAUUUUCUGAUAGAAAAA